AUGGGUCGUUGGGAGUCUUCCACUGGGCUCGAAAUGCAACUAUUGACGCUCACAUCCAUUUUGCUUGUUGGUUUGGGAGAGCUACCUGGGCGAAGCCGAUAUGACAGCAAUUACAUUGAAGGGAGGUACUAUCACUCUACGACUACUACUAGUACUACUAUUUCCGGCGCGGUUAUUGAAACUUAA